AUGGAGUCAGUACGGUCGGUACGGCACGGGUGUCGACCGUCGUACUCACUGGACGGGCUCAUUUCAGUGUGCAAUAAAUCUUACCGGAAUGUGCAUUGACGACUCUUGGGAUCACAAACGAUAAUUUUGUUCAUUAGUAAACAUUCCGUAAGUGAAAUUACAUUCGGUCCUAUAAGAAGUUUUAUUAAGUUGUGGGAUACAAAUCGUGUUUACUUUACAGACAGUGAGUGAACUAUAUGUUUUGAAUUGUGACGGACGGCGUUGUAUGAUGAUAUUGGAGAGAAUGCAGUUCCAAUUACCUUCUUGAAGUAGCGGAUGGCGCUGGUGGAGGAGGCAGGCGCGGGCGCCGCCGCCGACGACCCGGAGGCGCUGCUCAACGAGUGGCUCGGCGAGCUCACCGUGCUCACGGCGGGUCUAAAUGCGUGUAACGAGGGCGAGAGCGCGCUGAGGCCGCUCGAGAUAGUGGCGCCGCGCAUCGACAGCUACCGAUUUUCGAUGGCCAACCUGGAGGAGACGCACGAUGCUGACCUCGACGCCAUUCUGGGCGAGCUCUGCGCGCUCGACUCCGAAUACGACGAGGAGAUAUCUAGGGUCUCUUCAGGUUACUCGUCGAGCAGCAAAGAGCGCGACGGGCCGGGCUGCCCGCGCCGGCAGGAGUGCAAAGACAGCUGCGACGGCGCGUCCGUGGCGAGGACAGACUCGCCCGACAAUGACUCCGCCUUUAGUGAUACUGUUUCAAUGCUGUCGAGCGAAUCCUCGGCGUCGAGUAGUACUAGUGCAAAAUGUAAAGCGAUAAAACUCAAUCUGCAACAAGAUCAAAAGAAUGCGAGUUUCCAACAGAAGGCUGACAAGAUAAAGCUAGCGUUAGAGCGCAUGCGCGAGGCCAACAUCAAGAAGUUGUUUAUCAAGGCGUUCUCGACGGACGGCUCGUCGAAGAGCCUGCUGGUGGACGAGAAGAUGAGCUGCGGCUACGUGACGCGCCUGCUCGCCGACAAGAACCACGUCUCCAUGGAGCCCAAGUGGGCCGUAGUCGAGCAGCUGCCCGAUCUGCAUAUGGAGCGUGUGUAUGAAGACCACGAAAUGUUAGUGGAUAAUUUAAUGUUAUGGACAAGAGAGUCGAAAAAUAAAAUAUUAUUCGCCGAAAGACCAGACAAAAUAUCAUUGUUUCAAACUCCGGAGAAGUUCCUUUUAUCGGAGGAUGAUAGAGGAUGGUCAAGCGAGCAGGAUGAGCAUUCGAGACAAGUGAUAUUAGAAGAAUUCUUCGGUCAAAGCGGCGCGGCGAGCAGCGCGGCGCCGUCCGUGUCGGGCCACCCCGUGCCACCCAUGGAGGGCCCGCUCUACCUCAAGAGCGACGCCAAGAAGGGCUGGAAGAAGUACCACUUCGUCCUCAGGCCUUCCGGUCUAUACUAUUCGCCGAAGGAUAAAGUGAAGACGCUGAAAGAACUAGUCUGCUUAGCGACUUUCGACACGAACGAAGUUUACUUAGGAUUGAAUUGGAAGAAGAAAUACAAGUCCCCGACCGACUACUGUUUUGCUAUCAAGCACCCGAGGCUACAACAACCAAAGAGUGUUAAGUUUAUUAAGUUCCUGUGCGCGGACGACCAGCGGACGCUGGAGCGAUGGGUCACCGCCAUGAGGAUAGCCAAGCAUGGGAGGCAGCUGCUGGAGAACCACCGCUCGCUGGUGGAGGAACUCACGCAGGAGGACCUGGACCACCUCGCGCACGCGCGCUCCUGCUCGAUAACGUCGAUCCCCACGAAGACGGGCGGCGCGGCCUCGGUGGGCGCCAGCAGCCCGGCGCAGGCCUCCAGCAUCUCCAGCAGCGCCAGCGUCGCCAACUCCGACAUCAGCAGCGGCAGGCACUCGCGCGCCUCGUCCUCCAGCUCGAGCGGCUGCCUGUCCGACGGCGGCACGGCCUCCGAGAGCGCCUUCGACUGCGAGUUCCCCAUGGGAACGAUAAAGCGAAAACCGUCGAUGAAGCCGAACAUCCCGCUGACGUGGAUGACGCGGCAGCUGAAGGAGAUGGCGGAGACGGAGGCGGCCGAGGCGGAGGAGGCCGGCGACGGCGGCACGCUCACGCGCACGCCGCGCGCCGCCUGCGACGACUCCACGCUCAAGCGCAGGCACCACAUCAAUCCGUCAGAAAGUGCAAUUUAUGGCAGAACGACACUAAUGAACAGCCCUGCACGCGACGAGGCGACGUCUCCGGGUUACGGCAUCUACGAGAGCAUCCCGCGCGAUGCCGCGCCGGCGGCCGCCGAUACCGCCUCCUCGCUCUACGGGUACGUCGGCCUGUACGAGCCGGCGCACGCGCCGCCCGCCGACGACCUGCCCCUCCCGCCCGCCCUGGAGCCCGACGCCAUGUUCAGCUCCACACUGAGCCUGGACUCGUUGCCACCGCCCCCGCCGCCCCCCGAUCCCGUCGAGGACCUGUCGGGUUCUCAGCUCAGCCUGCCUCCUCCGCCGCCUGAACACACCAUAGACACUCAACCGGGCCGCGUGCACGACAUCGUCAAUCAGCUGACUUCGCAUCAGAUCGAACAGACCGCCCGAGCGGGCUUGUCACGAGCCAACUCUCGAAACUCCGACCUGAGCCGCUCGUUCCCGCGGCAGCCCUCCCUGGACAGCGUCAGCUCUGGCACGUCGCGGACUUCCUCCCUUCAUUCCGAUAAGAGCAUUUACGGUCAACAGAACGUAGCGUACGGUGCCUGUUUGGCUGAACUUCAAAACAAGAAGUUGAGCAACGGCAGUCCUUCCAUUCAAAAGAAAAUAUUGGCGGAGCCAACGAAGGAACGCACGGGAUCAAUGAAGAAAGUGAAUUUCGCUGACGAUUUGCCGACAUGCACCGACUCUGCGAAAAAGAACAAGAAAAUCACAUUUAACUUGAAGGAUGCACCGCCGUCGUCACCGCGCAAGCCGCCCCCGCCGAAACGCAACGAAAGCACACGACUGUCGUCUCCCAAGAAGUUGGCGGAUUCCAACAGCAACCCGCCCAAAGAAUUUCUUAAAGAUCUACAACGUGUGAUGAGAAAGAAGUGGCAGGUCGCACAAAAAUGUAAGUUGGAGCCUGCGACGACACCUCACGAAGUACUGGGCUUCCGAGAAUAUCCCCUGUCGGAGGACUACAAAGAGACGAGCGUGUCGAUGUGGGUGCAGGAGCAUUACGGCAGCGCAGUGGAGGACCCGUUCUACGAGAACGUGUACGGGCGCGAGGCGAGCUCGGCGCCGCGCCGCGAGGAGCCCAAGCCCAUCAAGAAGAGGCCGCCGCCCGCGCCGCCGCGCCGCAGCGACUCCACGCACCUGAGCUCGCACCCCCUGCCGUCCGCCGUGCACCCCUCCGCUUGAAACCCGCUGUGGCGCGCGUGCUGCUGGCUGUGGACGGGCCGGCCGCCCGGCGCCGACGACAUACAUGACGAGUUUACAACUCGCCGGUUCUGCGGUACUUUGAACAGUUCCACUAGUACGGUUGACGGUCGCGCGUGAUAUCGUUUUGUAUAGUGUAUAACGCACGGGCAGAGAUUGUUGGACGUUGAGGUGAAUGGUGUAGUUUUUCUGUUUUAUAUUGAAUAGUUAUAAUUAUUACAUUUACACAACUGAUUACUAAAUGCUCUGGGUGUUUAGGAGUAAUUUAAUAAGUAACCAACAAGUGGACAUAUGCCUAUACUAGUAACAAAUUUUAUUAUGAUAAUAUUUCAAGUAGGUAAGGUACCGAUAUUACUAGUAUGUACCAAACUGC